CGGGGCUCCCCCGCGGGACCGGAGGAGCGAGAUGCCGGGGCCGGGGCAGCGCGCGGCCGGGGCCGACCCGAGGCGCUACUGGACCUCAGCGCCAAGCGAGUAGCCGAGAGCUGGGCCUUCGAACAGAGACUCCGGACCCACCUCUGCUUCUGAGACCCCCUGAGAUUGCACCCCCUAGAGCCCUAACACUGCCCGAAUCGCUCCCGCAUCCUCCGUGGCUGUUCUUCAGACCCUGGGACCACCCUCCUUCCCUUCGCCCCAUCCCCACCCCUCGGCGCCCCAGAUUCCCACGCGGGGCACUUCCUUCUCUGUCCCUGACCCCUGGGUCCUCCCGUAUCGCUAGGUACCUGGUGUUCCCACGGCACCCUCAUCUCCCAGUGAGGACGCCCCACUAAGACCUCACUCCUCUCUCAAACUCUUAGGAACAGCUCCCACUUUGGGAGCCCACAUUUCCCCAUUCCUGCCCUCCAUAUCCCCAGGUGGAGGACUUCCCAGGUCUCCAGAUCCCAGCUCAGGACACCCCCUUUCUGCCCUCCUAUCCCAGCCCUCAGGUCUACAGAACCCACCCAUCUUUGGGGUCCUCCUCCUCUCCAGAUCCUCCCUCCGGAGGCUGCCCAGCCCCUGGCAGCAGGGGUGGCUCAGGGGGUCUUCCCUUCCCCCACAUCUCACCUCCCCCUCCCCCCACCAAGCUAUCCCAGUGCUUCUGGGAGGGAGAGCCCAGGCAGAGCCUAGGAGGUACCUGUACAGGUACACCUGGAACCCCACAUCUGUGGCUUCUGGGGGGCUCCUUGAAGUCCUCUUUCUUGUCCUGGGUGUGGGCCCCAAGGAGCUGGAGAUGUGUCUGAGCCUCACUAAGCAAGUGCAGCCCCCACAGGCUCUGUCCUCUGACUGUGGGGGGCAUUCUCUGCUCCCAAGUCUGAUGGGUCCAAGACUGAUGGGUUCGGCCGAUUGUGCAUGGAGUAGGCUGAUUCACGGACCGGAAAAUCCCUCCUUAGUCAUCUGCCAACUGUCACUGGGCCAGUCACCGGCUCUCCCACUUCCCCUAGAAACCUACAUAGGACAGGGGCUAAGUCCCCUUUAUUGUGUGGGAGAUACACAGAAUAAUCCCCAAACCAUAUCUAGGGCUCCCGUGUGUGUACCUGCCGUGGAUAGGCCAGAUGCUAGAGGAGUUCUUUCACCCUUUGAGGAUUGUCAUCCUCACUUUGAAGGAACUGGGGCACAGAGAGGUUGGGAAACUUGCCCAAGGUCACCCAGCCUGUGAAUAGCAAACCCAGAUUGGAGGGCAGGCUCAACCAGCUGGUUUCAUUGCCUGGAGUCCACAGGGGUGGCCUGGGCACACCUCGAUUCCUGGGGGCCCUUCCCAGGGGAGGGGCUCAAAGAGGAAACGGAGGAAUGGAGCCAGCUUGGGGACCCUGAACAAACGAAGUCGCUGUGCGCCUGAGCCUCAGCUUCCCCUGGCUGUAAGACAAGGUGGAGGCUCAGUGUGGGCCAGGUGGUUGUGAGGUCAGGGAAGUCAGUCCCCAGGACAUUCCACACAGUGCACACUGAGAAAGUCACCCUUGAUCUUCAUUCUUAUCACUUUUAUGUCACUUCCUUCUGACCCCCCCCCAGUGCCUGGAAGUGGGAAAAUCUUAUGCCAGAACCCAGGGACCUGGAAUCCUGGAGGGAAUCUGUAGAAAGUUCUGGAAUGCUAAGGAUGGACCAGGCAUCAUUUUAAGUGCUUUACAUGCAUCAGUGCUGGGUGUGUUGGAUGGCUGUGGUUUCUCUGUCUCGUUUUGUUUGUACUGGGGUGAAACCCAGAGGCGAUUUACCCCUGAGCCACAUUCCCACAUUUUUUUUAUUUUUUGUGGUGCCCGGGGGUCAAACCGAGGGCCUCAGGCAUGCUCCCCAGCCCUUUUUAUUUUUUUAUUUUGAGAACAAGGUAGCGCUAAGUUGCUUAGGGCCUCAUUAAGUUGCUGAGGCUGGCUUUGAACUUGUGAUCCUCCUGCCUCAGCCUCCGGAGUUGCUGAGAUUACAGGCAUGCGCCACUGUGCCUGGCUCCCAGCCUAUUUUUUUAUUUUGAGACAGGGUCUGACUGAGUUGCUGAGGCUGGCCUCAAACUUGGAGAUCCUCCUGCCUCAGCCUCCUGAGUCACCAGGAUUGCUUCUUGCUGUGAAGCUCAGUUUUUUGUUUUUGUUCUUUAUUUUAAAGAUAUGGGGUCUCAGGCUGGGGAUGUAGUUCAGUUGGUAGAGUGCUUGCCUGACAUGCACAAGGCCCUGGGUUCUAAUCCCCAGCACCACCAAAAAAAAAAAAAAAAAAAGAGAGAGAGAGAAAUGGGGUCUCUCUGAUGCUCAGGCUGUUCCUGAACCCCUGAGCUCAAGCAGUCCUCUCUCUCCAGCUUCCUGAGUCGCUGCGACAACAGGCAACCUGGCUCACUUGAGCAUAUGUAUCUCAGGAGAUGGCUGCUGUUCACAUCCCGCUUUACACUGGGGAUGCUGAGGUUCAGGGAGGCCGAUGGCUUGCCCAGGCCGUGUGCGUGUGCCUCUUGUAAACAGCAGAGGGUUGUCCAGCAAGGGUUCCAGCUCGGCUUCUGACCCACCAGCCCUUCCUGCAGGUGGAGGAGCGCUUCUCCCGGGUACCGGAGCCGGUUCAGAAGCGCAUCGUCUUCUGGUCGUUUCCACGCAGUGAGCGGGAAAUAUGCAUGUACUCCUCGCUGGGCUACCAGCCCCCGGAGGGCGAGCAGGACGCCCGGGUGCCCUUCACCCGCGGGCUGCACCUGCUGCAGAGCGGGGCUGUCGACCGGGUGCUGCAAGUGGGAUUCCACCUGAGCGGGAACGUCAGGGAGCCCGGGGCCCCCGGGGAGCCGGAGCACCUCUACCACGUCUCCAUCAGCUUCGACCGCUGCAAGAUCACGUCCGUGAGCUGCGGCUGUGACAACCGAGACCUCUUCUACUGUGCCCACGUGGUGGCCCUGUCCCUGUACCGCAUCCGGCACGCGCGCCAGGUGGAGCUGCGGCUGCCCAUCUCCGAGACGCUGUCCCAGAUGAACCGGGACCAGCUGCAGAAGUUCGUGCAGUACCUCAUCAGCGCCCACCACACCGAAGUGCUUCCCACCGCCCAGCGCCUGGCCGACGAGAUCCUGCUGCUGGGCUCCGAGAUCAACCUGGUGCACGGUGCCCCCGACCCCACAGCAGGUGCGGGCAUCGAGGACGCCAACUGCUGGCACCUGGAUGAGGAGCAGAUCCAGGAGCAGGUGAAGCAGCUGCUGUCCAAUGGCGGCUACUACGGGGCCAGCCAGCAGCUGCGCUCCAUGUUCAGCAAGGUGCGGGAGAUGCUGCGGAUGAGGGACUCCAACGGGGCGCGCAUGCUCAUCCUCAUGACGGAGCAGUUCCUGCAAGACCCGCGCCUGGCCCUGUGGCGGCAGCAGGGCGCGGGCAUGACAGACAAGUGCCGGCAGCUGUGGGACGAGCUGGGGGCCCUCUGGGUCUGUGUCAUCCUGAGCCCCCACUGCAAACCAGAGGAGCGGGCGGGCUGGCUCCAGCUGCUUGGCACAUGGGACAAGCUGGACGUGUGCCCACUGGAAGAAGGCAACUACUCCUUCGAUGGCCCCAGCCUGCAGCCCACCAUGGCUCCCAGCCCAGGCUCCGAGGAACAGGACGAGGGGGAGGUGGCGGUCACAGGUUCCCGCCACACGGUAUUUGGCCGCGCCCUGCAGGCUGGAGACCUGCACUGGGAAGACCCUCACCUGCAGCGGAUCCUGGCCGGCGACUCCUACAGCCCCAGCCUCACAGGCACCGUGGGCGGUGAUAAGUCAGCCUUCGACCCUCAGGGCCGCCCACUCUGGCUGGGCGAGCCUUUUCCAACUGCUUGUGCCCGAGUGGACACCCUGCGUGCCCAUGGGUAUCCCCGCCAGGCCCUGCGGCUGGCCGGUGCCAUAAUCAACACGCUCCGGCUCCAGCGGCGGCAUCAGCUUGAGAGCUACAAGCAGCAGAAAAAAGAGUUGCUCCAGAAAGGGGCCACCUGCAUCACCAACCCCGAAGGCUGGGUGGGCCACCCCCUGGACCCCAUUGGCUGCCUCUGCAGGGCGCUCCUGGAGGCCUGUCGCCUGGAGGAGGAGACCCUCUCCCUUUACCCAGACUCAGGACCCGAGAAGCGGAAGGUGGCCUACCAGCACGUGCCAGUGCCCGGGAGCCCUGGGGAGUCCUACCUGGCGCUGGCACUAGAGGUGGCACUGCUGGGGCUGGGGCAGCAGCGGGCCCUGCCCGAGGGGUUGUACGCCCAGGACAAGGUGGUGCGCAACGAGGAGCAGCUGCUGGCGCUGCUGGAGGAGGUGGAUCUGGACGAGCGGCUGGUGCAGGUGCUGCGCAAGCAGGCGGGGCUGCUGCUGGAAGGAGGUCCCUUCAGUGGCUUUGGAGAAGUACUUUUCCGGGAAAGCGUGCCAAUGCACACCUGUGCCCGCUACCUGUUCACUGCGCUGCUGCCCCAUGACCCCGACCUGGCCUAUCGCCUGGCACUGCGAGCCAUGAGGCUGCCCGUGCUGGAGACGGCGCUUCCCGCUGGAGAACCCCAUCCCACCCCACUGGACUCCAUCCCGAGCAACCGCUUCCCCCGCUGGUUCAUCCUGGGCCACCUGGAGACCCGCCAGUGUGAACUGGCCUCCGCCAUGCUGACCGCAGCCAAGGGAGACCCCAAGUGGCUGCACGUUGUCCUGGGCUCCAUCCAGCAGAACAUUCACUCGCCCGCUCUGCUCUUCAAGCUGGCGCAGGACGCCUGUAAGACGGCCACCCCGGCCGGAGCGCCACCGGACUCCACGCUGCUCGGCAUCGCGCUGGAACUGGGCCUGCAGGUGAUGCGCAUGACUCUGAACACCAUGACCUGGCGGCGGAGGGAGAUGGUUCGCUGGCUGGUCAGCUGCGCCACAGAGAUUGGUCCCCAGGCGCUGAUGAACAUCAUGCAAAACUGGUACUCCUUAUUUACCCCCGUGGAGGCGGCCACCAUCGUGGCGGUGACCGGCACCACGCACGCCACGCUCAUGCGGCUGCAGCUGGACACGGCCCGGCGGGAGGAGCUCUGGGCCUGCGCGCGCACCCUGGCCCUGCAGUGCGCCAUGAAGGACCCGCAGAACUGCGCGCUGCCCGCCCUCACCCUGUGCGAGAAGAACCACGCGGCCUUCGAGGCGGCCUACCAGAUCGUGCUGGACGCAGCGGCCGGCGGUCUGGGCCACGCGCACCUCUUCACGGUGGCCCGCUACAUGGAGCACCGCGGCCUGCCGCUGCGCGCCUACAAGCUGGCGACGCUGGCCCUGGCGCAGCUCAGCAUCGCCUUCAACCAGGACAGCCACCCCGCCGUCAACGACGUGCUGUGGGCCUGCUCGCUCAGCCACUCGCUCGGCCGCCACGAGCUCUCCGCCAUCGUCCCCCUCAUCAUCCGCAGCAUUCACUGCGCCCCGAUGCUCUCCGACAUCCUGCGCCGCUGGACCCUCUCGGCGCCUGGUCUGGGUCCCCUCGGGGCCCGCCGGGCUGCCAAGCCCCUGGGCGCCGACCGGGCGCCACUGUGCCAGCUCCUGGACGCGGCCGUGGCCGCCUACAUCACCACCAGCCACUCGCGCCUCACGCACAUCAGCCCGCGGCAUUACGGCGACUUCAUCGAGUUCCUGGGCAAGGCCCGGGAGACCUUUCUGCUGGCGCCCGAUGGGCACCUUCAGUUCGCCCAAUUCUUGGAGAACCUCAAACAGACCUACAAGGGCAAGAAGAAGCUCAUGCUGUUGGUGCGUGAGCGGUUUGGCUGAGGGACGGUGCUUGGCAUGGGACUCCUGGGGACCCCUGGGCCCUGCCUCCCUGACUCUGGCGGGCCUGGGCACUGGAGGCCCAGGAGGGGUUCAGUAUUAGCCAGGGAAGGAGCCCUGCUGGACGCGGGCAGGAGGUGGCAUCCUGCCUGCGUGCGUGCCUAGGAGUGUGUGAACGUGUGUAAAGACCCGAGGAGCACAAGCCAUACUGCCACCCAGAAGCCUGGAAGGGGUGUGUGCUCGGGCAGCUGGCAUGGCAGCUGGCAUGACCCCACUGGGGCCCCCCACAAGCAAUAGGCAAGCUCCCUCCUCAAAACUCAAAGCCCUGGCGUGGGCUCCAGGAGAGGGGCCGGAAGGCAGGCCUUCCCAACUGGCACUCGGGCCCACCAGGCUGGCCAGGGGACUUUAUGAGGACACCUGAAUCCCCUCCUGUGCACCUUCCUUCCCCUCCCCCACUGCUCAGGGGCCCCCCUCCCCUGUCCUGUGCCCCCUCCCUACCCUGCCAGGACCAACGCCCCACUUCCACUGAAGGAUUUCAAGAGGUCUCAGGCCUCAGCCACAUACCUCACCCCCUUGUCCUCCUGUCUGGCCAGGACCCCAUUCCCUUGGGCACCAGGGUCCCAGGGUGGGCUGGGUGGGGGCCAUCGCUGCCCCUCCCUCCACCCACUAGUCACUGGACACAUGACUCAGGAACCAGGCGAGGCCCUUGUGCCCUCUCAACCUGGUGUUGGGGGAGAAAGGCAGGCAGCUUGGUGUCUUCAGCUGCUUGUCCCUCCCUGUCCCCCGUCUCCACCUCACCAUUCAGCCUGUUCUGUCUUCAUCUCUGUUAAGUCCCAGCUACUGUUUCUCCGGCCUCCCCUCCCCUCCCCUGCCUCAGCCCAGGGAGGAGCAGGGAGGACCACCGUCCCCCACACACACCCUCUUUUUUCCCUUCUUGUAUAGUAAGGAAAAAGAUCGUCAUUUUGUAACUUUUUCUAUUUAUUGAACCGUAUAUUGUACUCCCUUUCUUUUUUGUUUUGUUUUUCUCUAAAGAUGGAACACAGUUUCUUUUUAA